UUUAUUCAUUUUUUGUCUAAGGCUUUCCAAUGUCCUAACGCAGCCCUAAAUCGAGAAAGUUCUUAUUUUUGCUGCCACCUCUGAUUUUGUGUGGGGCAAAACUCUCCGCGCGCUUGGUUUCCUCUUCGCCAAGGAAGUUGGAAGCACCAGCUCCCACUCUGCGAAACAAUUCAAUUUUCAAUCAUAUUUUUUGCUUUUAUGGUCUUAAUCCUGCAAUCACACGACCAAAGCUGAGUUUGUGAUAGAUAAUACAUGUCUAUUGAGAGGGACAAGAUGGUGGAAGAAUCGAAGCACGAUGAAGGCCCAUGGUUGAGCACUGCAGAGGAACAAUCGAGAAUUAUUGAUAUUGCUAAUAACAUUUCCGUGAUUUCUGAACCGGUUGUGUUUACUGAUGACCCUCGUCUUGAGCUGACUCAGCCUCAGCAUUCCAGCACAUCUUCUAAUGACCAAUUGGGCCUCGCUGAGCGAUCCCUUUCUGCUGCUGGUGCCGCAAUUCUCUCAGCAGUGCUUGUAAACCCUUUAGAUGUUGUUAAGACAAGAUUGCAAGCACAAGCAGCUGGAAAUAUGUAUUCACACCCAUUAAGCAACAUGACAAGUCGAAUGGCAAUGUUUGGACCACACAUGUUGUUUGCUGAUCUAAGAUGUUCACCCUCAUGCGCCCGUGCUGGUGUUCAUGGAACAGUGGCAAUCUGUCCACCUGAUUGUUUCCAGUACAAAGGAACACUUGAUGUCUUUUACAAAAUUAUUCGACAGGAAGGUAUUUCUAGACUCUGGCGAGGAACAAAUGCAGGUCUAGCACUUGCUGUGCCAACGGUUGGGAUAUACUUGCCUUGCUAUGACAUUUUCCGCAACAAGUUAGAGGAAUAUGCAGCCCAAAAUGCCCCAAGCUUGAUGCCAUAUACUCCUUUACUAGCUGGUUCAUUAGCUCGUUCUUUAGCUUGCACAAGUUGCUACCCUAUUGAACUUGCCAAAACACGUAUGCAGGCUUUGCACAAAGGUAAGAAGCCUCCUGGAGUCUGGAAGACUUUAUUCGAGGUCAUCUCUAAUGUUAAGAGCACUGCUAAUGCUAGUAACACCAUACAAAGCUGUCGUGCUCUUUGGACAGGACUGGGAGCACAACUUGCUCGUGAUGUUCCCUUUUCUGCAAUAUGCUGGUCCACUCUUGAGCCAGCAAGAAGACGGCUUCUUGGUCUGAUGGGAGAUGAAGCUAAUGCUGCCCACAUCCUUGGAGCAAAUUUUUCUGCUGGUUUUUUGGCAGGAAGCCUUGCCGCUGCUGCAACAUGUCCACUUGAUGUGGCAAAAACCCGAAGGCAGAUUGAGAAGGACCCUAUCAGAGCAUUGACUAUGACAACGAGACAGACUCUGCUGGAGGUGUGGAGAGAUGGGGGCAUGAAGGGACUGUUUACUGGUGUUGGACCGCGUGUAGGCCGAGCAGGCCCUUCAGUUGGUAUAGUUGUGUCGUUUUAUGAAGUUGUCAAAUACGUCUUGCAUCAUCAGUACGCCACACCUUAAACUGGACAAAGCCGCACAAUCAAAACCUAAUUAGUUUCUUCUGGACAUUUGACACAAAGCAAUAGAUCUUGACAAACAUAUAAGACUUUUGCUUUCAGUUACAUAGGAACACAGCCCUUGUUUUCUUGUAUGUUCUUUGUGGAGUCAUUGGAGCUUACAAGAAGCAGUUUUGCUAAUGUUGGAUCAUCAUUAUAGUUGCCUAGUUUUGCCUAAGAUAGGAAAUAAUCCCUCCUCCCUUGUUUUACUGAACAAUUUGUUUUGUUUGGUUGGCAUCUUGGGUGGUGCAGAGAUUUUGGUAAGUUUUUGUCAAUUGAGAAAGUAGUUUUUUACUGAGUUGAUCUCAGUUAGAAAUCCUUGCUUUUGUUAACUAAUUAUAUCCUUAUUGAUAGUUUCUUGUGAAUCAUUA